CUCAUUUCCACAAGGGCAUAACCCAACUGAUUCUAUUGUUUGUUUCAGUUCCACCAUGAUGCAUUAUCCCAUUCUUUUUCUUGGUAUUCUAAUAAUUGCAUACUUUAAUGAUUCUCAAGCUGAAAAUGCCUUCUCACAAUAUUGGGAAGAUCAUAUUGGUCUUCCAAAUCCUCCAAAUUGGUUUAUUGCAAAGGCUUCUCCAUUAAGCCUUGAUCAGUUGACAGUGUUUAUGAAACUUAUGGAGAAAAAUGAAUUGACUUCCCACCUACAUUCAUUCUGUAAGCAGGCUAAUAUUGCUUGUUCUACAAAUGAAUUGAUGAAGAAGACCAUGUACGACACAACGUUGCCAGCAAUCAUCCCGUUGCAUGAUCUCAAAAAGACAUAUGAAGGCCUCCCAAAGGGAACACCCUUGUCGAUUGCCAACGAAGGGGGAAUGCUAUUUUUUAGGGAGUCAGCGGUGAAAGAGGGAAGUUUUAUGCCUAUCCCUGAUUUAAGGGACCCAAUGUCAUAUAAUUCAUUCUUGCCGCGCCCUUUGGCAUCAAAAAUCCCAUUUUCCUUUGCACGGAUUGAGGAAUUAAAGAGUAUGUUUGGUGUGGUGGAUGAUUCAAAUCUAGAUAAAUAUAUUCAAGAUACCCUCAAGAUAUGUGAGGAAAGCUCCAUAAGAUGUGAGCAGUGCACCUGCACUACUUCUGUUGAGGAUCUCAUUGGUUUUGUUGUUGAGAAAUUAUGGCACCAUGUAAGCAUAUGGAGUACUGAUAAUGUUGAAGGAUCUUAUGAGAAUGUCACAAUUGGAGUUGUGAAACUAAUAUAUGGAAACCUCUCUGAACCACCAGUCAUAUGUCAUAGUCAGCCAUUCCUAUUUCAAGUCUAUUUUUGCCACAUUUUACGAAAAGUGAAAAUAUAUGCAGUUGAUAUACAUGCUCAUAGGAAAAUGAAUCAUGCAAUCAUGGCAUGCCACUAUGACACAUCAACUUGGAAUCCAAACCAUCCUGCUUUUAAGCUGUUGGGUAUUGGCCCAGGCCUAAUUGAAGUCUGUCAUUGGACAAACAAGAAUGGAGUAAUAUGGACAAAGACUAGUUUGAGCAGUAUUUGA